UUUUCGUAUUUUAGUCAUACCUGUUAUCACCGUUAAAAAUGACAGAUGCAGUUGUUGUUUCUGCCAGUAAAGAAAGAAAAGUCUUUAGCAACUCUAAAGCAACAAAGCGAACAGCACACCAAAUUCCAGAUGACAUCCUCAAUGAUACCAGGUUGAAAGCAGCUAUUGAGCAGCUGCCAUCUAACUACAACUUUGAGAUUCCAAAAACAAUUUGGAGGAUAAAACAUGCUGCUGCAAAAAGAGUUGCCUUACAGUUUCCUGAGGGGUUGUUGUUAUAUGCAUGCACCAUAGCAGACAUCAUAGAGCAGUUCACAACAGCGGACACACUGAUAAUGGGUGAUGUUACAUAUGGCGCAUGCUGUGUGGACGAUUUCUCAGCACGAGCGCUUGGGUCUGACAUCAUGAUCCAUUACGGUCACAGCUGCCUGGUUCCUAUAGACCGUACAGAGGGUAUACAGAUGCUGUAUGUAUUUGUAGACAUCAAGAUUGACACAGUACACUUCCUGGAGACAUUACGGCACAACUUCACACCAGGAAUGUCCCUCGCUCUUGUCAGCACCAUUCAGUUUGUUACGGCUCUGCAGUCUGUGAGUGAGCACCUUAAAGAUGAGUACCGGAUCAUCCUGCCCCAGAGCAAACCCCUCUCACCAGGGGAAAUACUAGGCUGUACCUCACCCAGGCUAGAUAAGGCUGACGCCAUCAUAUAUCUUGGAGAUGGAAGAUUUCACCUGGAGUCUAUUAUGAUACACAACCCAGACAUUGCUGCAUAUAGGUAUGACCCCUACAGUAAAGUGUUUUCCCGAGAGUACUACGAAACAGAGAAAAUGCAUGAGAUCCGUCGUACAGCCAUCGCCCGUGCCUCCACUGCCCAGAAGAUAGGCAUCAUCCUGGGUACACUUGGCAGGCAAGGCAAUCCCAAAAUACUCCAGCACCUGAAAGAGGAAAUAGAGAAGUCAGGUCGCAGCUGUAUCACAGUCCUGCUGUCAGAAAUUUUCCCAGAUAAACUUGCUCUCUUCAACGAUGUGGAUGCGUGGGUCCAGAUAGCAUGUCCAAGGCUCUCCAUUGACUGGGGAAUGGCUUUCUCCAAACCUCUCCUUUCACCGUAUGAGAUGUCUGUGGCACUGAAGAACGUUGAAUGGCAGAGUGUUUAUCCGAUGGACUUUUAUGCUAAUGACAGUCUCGGAGCGUGGACUAACAACAAUGAGGCUCACAGACCAGUUAGGGUGAGGAAGGCCAGACCCAUGAAGAUAUCCUCUACUGUAGAUAAAUCAGCAACUGACCAUGUUGUUCCUGGCAAUGAAGUUACAACUAACUCAGAGAUAAUUGCUGAUGAGAAUGUGAAGAUGUCGGGUGUAAAUAAUUGUUGUAAUAGUGCAAAUGUUUCAUGUUGUAAAGUAAAUAUUCACUGUGAUAAAUCUUGAUGUUUGCUAAUAAAUACUUAGCAUGAACAUAAUAUCUUUGUUAUGAUAUCACAAAAACAUGACAAAUGCUCGUCAUUGGACGUUGAAAGAAGAUAAAUACCUUCAUUUCAUACAUAUACAUGUGUAGUAAUAUCAUACCUAUCAUAGUAUUUAAAGGCAAUUUGCUUUUGGUGGCUAUUAAAUUGUAUUUAGUUGCAUAAUU